AUGACAUCGCCUUUAGCUUCAAUCACAACAGAUUUUGAAAAUCUUAAAGAAUAUUUUAUAAAAUAUAAAAAAUAUAUAACAGGCAUUCUGGGCUAUAAAAUAGAUCUUAAAGAUGAUAAAAUAAUUUUAAGUUCUUUGUAUUCUUUUGAUAGUGAAGAUCUUUUGAUUUUUAAUAUUAAUAAAGAAAAUCUUGAACUUGUUAAUAAUUCUUUUGCUAGCCAAUUUAACAACGAAAUACAAAUAUACUUAAUUAAAGGUGGUAGUGUUCCUGCAUUUUUAUCUGCUGUAACUUUAAAUUUAUUUAACCAGAAGACAUUUACUUAA